AUGGUUAAGGUGGAACUUCAGGAGGGGAAAGGAAACCAGCAUGCAAAAGAAGAAGCCACCAUUCCACUAUUGGCUGCCUACUUCAAGGAUGAUCCAGGUGAUCUGUUUCAAGGUACAAUCACCACGGAAGUGAUGGACGAGUUUCCAUCUACACCAGUUGUGGUUUCAUUAGUUAAGACACUAAUGUUCAAAGUCUGUAAUGCAGUGCAAUACAGUCGAGGCAUCUUUGAGAAGAAAUGUUUUGUUGUUUGCGAGCAGCAGCUGUUGUUUACGGAGAGCACUGGCUUCAUAGAGGCAGCGUCUCUUGCCUUCUUAUGCUACUAUGUGUUUAACAUGACCUAUGCAAAGGGAGCAGCUACAACACUUGAGUUCAUUCAGAGGUGA